AUGUCCUCCCACAACGGCCUCUCGCCCUGGCCACUCACCCCACCAGAUCAGAGCGAUCCUCAUUCUUCCCCGACAAAUCAAGAUGUCUCCACCGUGGUAACAGCCAUCCACGUCCUCUCCACCGAGCGAGCCGCCCUCGCCCACCUCGAACACAUCUACCAGACCGAUGCACGGGCACAGCAGGAUCUCGCCCGAGCCGUGGAGCAGAUCGCGCGCAGCGUGCGCGAGGGCGGGAAGUUGGUAGUUUGUGGAGUGGGCAAGAGUGGCAAGAUCGGGCGCAAGAUCGAGGCGACGAUGAAUAGUUUGGGGGUGUAUAGUGCGUUCCUGCACCCGACGGAGGCGCUGCAUGGGGAUCUGGGAUUGGUGCGGCCGAGUGAUACAAUGCUCCUGAUUUCUUUUUCAGGCCGUUCGCCUGAGUUGAUUGCUCUGUUACCGCAUAUUCCGGCCUCGGUCCCUGUCAUUGCGCUUACAUCUCACACUUCGCCAUAUACAUGUCCCUUAUUGUCUCUGCAUGGUCCGUCUGGGAUGGGAAUUCUGCUUCCUGCCCCUAUUCAUGAAGACGAGGGGUUAUCUUUUGGUGUGGGUGCGCCGACUUCAUCUACAACAGUGGCUUUGUCGUUGGGAGAUGCAUUGGCCAUCGCUACAGCACGGAAACUUCACACGACACCCGGCAAAGGUCCAGCAGAAGUCUUCCGAAGUUUCCACCCUGGUGGAGCUAUCGGGGCAGCGACAGCCGCAGCAAACACGCCGACGACCGCGCCACCCAGCGAUACAACGACGGCAUUUGACUCCCCUACUUCCUCCGUUUCGACCUCCUGGGAUGACCCCGCCGGCGGCACUAUGAUCCCAUGUUUUUCGUUGCAACCACCGCCAAAACCUCGUCAGAUUCCUCGAUCCAUGCUCGUUCCUAUAGAUCAGAUCCCCACAGUGCCUCUUUCAUCCGCAUUGUCACCUCAUGAUAUCCGCUUGCUCGACAUACUUCUCACAGCAAUCCAACAUCCCGACGCCAAGUCCUGGGUAUUUCUAUCUUCGUCGGAUAUUGUGCCUCCACGGCGAUUUCGCUCUGUUCUCGCACAGUACGAUAACGUGGAUAGGCGCGUUUGCCAGAUAGAUACUAAAGUGUCUGUACCUCGAACAGAAUGGUUGCUGGUAUCAGACUCGACGUCCCUGGAGGAACUGCGCCAAAUGAUCUCCACAUCCCGAGACGGGCCUGACCCGGUCUCUGUCAUUGCGGUGGUAGAUGAUAUUGCAAAUAUGACCAGGUGCAUCGGGGUGAUGGAGGCGGCCGAUCUGUGGGAUGAAUGA